UGAUCGAGGAGAGUACGUAUCCCGUUAAUGUGUAUUGUGUUUUGAUCGAAGAUGGAAUUGAUAAACGAUUUCCUCAAUCUAACUGCACCUUUCUUUACUUUCUUUGGUCUUUGCUUCUUCUUGCCCCCUUUUUAUUUCUUCAAGUUCGUGCAGUCUAUCUUCUCGACAAUUUUCUCUGAAAACGUAUAUGGGAAAGUGGUUCUCAUCACUGGUGCUUCCUCCGGGAUCGGCGAGCAAUUGGCAUAUGAGUACGCAAGUAAAGGUGCAUGUUUGGCUCUGACUGCCCGAAGGAAGAACCGUCUAGAGGAAGUGGCAGAGAUUGCUCGUGAAGUUGGAUCCCCUAAUGUUGUCACAGUUCACGCUGAUGUUUCCAAACCUGAUGAUUGUAGACGAAUCGUCGAUGAGACCAUCUCCCAUUUUGGCAGAUUGGAUCAUCUUGUAAACAAUGCUGGAAUAAUGCAAAUUUCAAUGUUCGAAAACAUUGAAGAAAUAACUAGGACAAGAGCAGUUAUGGAUACUAACUUUUGGGGAGCGGUUUAUACAACUCGUGCUGCGCUUCCGUACCUUCGACAAAGCAAUGGUAAGAUUGUGGCUAUGUCGUCCUCUGCGGCAUGGCUAACCGCCCCAAGGAUGAGCUUUUAUAAUGCUAGCAAAGCAGCUUUGUUGAACUUCUUCGAGACGUUGAGGAUUGAGCUUGGUAGCGAUGUACACAUUACAAUCGUCACACCUGGUUAUAUUGAAUCUGAACUCACACAAGGCAAGUACGUCUCUGGUGAAGGCGAGCUAGUAGUCAACCAAGACAUUAGAGAUGUUCAAAUUGGAGCAUUUCCGGUAACGUCAGUAUCAGGUUGUGCCAAGGGGAUAGUGAAAGGUGUGUGUAGGAAAGAGAGAUACGUGACCGAACCAUCGUGGUUUAAGGUGACGUACCUUUGGAAAGUGUUUUGUCCGGAACUGAUCGAGUGGGGUUGCAGAUUGAUGUUCUUGUCCGGACAUGGUACGCCGGAGGAAAAUGCACUCAACAAGAAGAUCCUGGACAUACCUGGUGUACGUAGUGCUCUAUACCCUGAACCUAUCAGAACGCCAGAAAUCAAGUCGGAGUAGAGUGAGGUUGAUACUUAAUAAGUGUCUCAUAAAGUGGAGCCAUGUUUUGUAAAUGGACUUUCUAUUAUGCACAUGUUACUAUGAUGUAUCUGUUUGUUUAUGUGUAUAAGAAUAAGUGAACUUUGGAGCUCCAAA